GCGACUACAUUUCCCAGAAGGCUAGCGGCUGGAUUUUUUUGCUUGUUUUUACUCUUGUUCUCAGUUUGCAGCUGGAACAACUGGAUCAACUCGCUGCUGUAGUGGUUAUGUUAAUACAUAUACUUUUUUUCUUUUUAAUCUGAUGCCUAUUUGAAGAAGUUCCUUUAAAUAACUUAUUCAGUCGGUUUUGUUUUAUAAGAAAAUUUACUCCAGGAUCCACAGACACAUUUUUGGAGAUUAUUAUUAUUAUUAUUAUUAUUAUUUAUUUUUUCCCCUUGUUAUUAAACGCUCGGUCCGGACAGGAGCGUCAGGGUUGCAGCCUGGUGAGUUCAGCAGCAUCACACUGAGGGUUGAACUGGACGCGGCUCUCGGUGCCAACGCCUUUCCCUCUCUCUGCGCUUCUCCUCCCGGCCGGGGAAGUUCAGCUCACACCGAGCCAGGAGCAGCAGACCAGUGCGGCGUCCGAAGCCAAUAUCCGGAGCAGAAAAAGUUGUUUUGGGGGGGGAAAGAAGAAACAGAAGAUGGGCUGCACGAUCAGCGCCGAGGAUAAAGCCGCGGUGGAGAGGAGUAAAAUGAUUGAUAAAAACAUACGAGAGGACAGAGAGAAAUCAUCCAGAGAGGUGAAACUGCUUCUACUCGGUGCCGGGGAAUCCGGAAAGAGCACUAUUGUCAAGCAGAUGAAAAUCAUCCAUGAGGACGGCUACUCGGAAGAAGAGUGCAAGCAGUACAAAGUAGUGGUGUACAGCAACACCAUCCAGUCCAUUAUGGCCAUCAUCAGGGCGAUGGGGCUGCUGAAGAUCGAUUUUGGCGAUGCUGCCCGGGCGGACGAUGCGCGUCAGCUGUUCACCCUCGCGAGCACGGCGGAGGAAGGAGUGAUGUCUCCGGAGCUGACCGCCGUCAUCCGCAAGCUGUGGCGCGACAGUGGCGUCCGGGCCUGCUUCGACCGAUCUCGAGAGUAUCAGCUCAACGACUCGGCCGCAUACUACUUGAACGCGUUGGACAGGAUCUGCAAACCGAACUACAUCCCAACUCAGCAGGAUGUGUUGCGCACCCGGGUGAAGACCACAGGGAUCGUGGAAACUCACUUCACCUUCAAAGAUCUCUACUUCAAGAUGUUUGACGUUGGCGGUCAGCGCUCAGAGAGAAAGAAGUGGAUCCACUGCUUUGAAGGAGUUACCGCCAUCAUUUUCUGCGUGGCGCUCAGUGACUACAACCUUGUCUUGGCUGAGGAUGAGGAAAUGAACCGGAUGCAUGAGAGCAUGAAGCUGUUCGACUCCAUCUGCAACAACAAGUGGUUCACACUCACCUCCAUCAUCCUCUUCCUCAACAAGAAGGACUUGUUCGAAGAGAAGAUCUCCAAGAGUCCGCUUACUAUCUGCUACCCCGAGUACACCGGUGAGAACUCCUACGAAGAGGCAGCUGCUUAUAUCCAGUGCCAGUUUGAAGACUUAAAUAAACGAAAAAGCACAAAGGAGAUCUACACCCACUUCACUUGUGCCACAGACACCAAGAAUGUGCAGUUUGUGUUUGAUGCCGUCACUGACGUCAUCAUCAAAAUCAACCUGCGAGAGAUUGGACUCUACUGAAGCUCCUGCCACCUUCCAGGUGAUUUGAGGGAAUCUGGACUUCUGAGGUGUCUCGAUGAAUUGGAGCAUAGUUUUUACUAAAGACUACAUUCAUUGCCAGGCGGGAUCUAAAGGGCAACUCUGGCCACUUUUCUCUCAGUAAAGAUGAUUACUGCGAGUCCAGCUGUAUUUAAUAUCUUUUGGUUAUUCAGACACAGGAAGUCUCUGUUGCUUUUAUGUUCAGUAUGUAAUCUGCACAAGGACUAAAAUGGAUCGUUUCAAAGAAUAUCCAUCGCUACAUUUCACAGUGGUUUAUGAAAGUUAGGUUCACAGUUCUGUUGUGUCUCGUCUUAAAUGUCUGUGUUUUGCUUUUGAUGACUUUUUGUUUUUGUUAAGUUCUGUUUUAAUUAUUAGAAGCAGUUUAUAGAUUUAAUAUUCCCACCUUUGGAUAUGUGAAUUUCAUGACUUUUGAUUUUGGAAAGAUUUUGACGUGAGCCGUUUAUAAAUAUAUGUGACGUAAUUGUUUGAGUUUGAAGGUAGAUAACUAGAGUCCAAUGAGGUCAUUUCCCCACCAAUAGUCCACUUAGUUAUUUUGACUUAAACUAGAACAGAAUAUAGUGAACAAUAUGUUUGAAACAAAUCACUGAGGAAAUCAAUAUGAAGGGACAUUUUUAUUUUACUCUGCUUGUUUAUUCUUAUUUCAUUUUUAUUUGGACUAUAAAUGUUGAGAUAUUAUUGAAUCAGUAAAGGUCAUUGUCUGUUUUUUUUAAGGUAAUAUUAUGCUGUAAACAUGGAAGUUGGUGUCAUUUCUAAAAUAUAAAGGAGAUACUGCAGUUUUACUCUUUAGCCAUUUGCCACUGCUGUGUAGUCAUGGUAAAAAGAAAAUUUCCCUAAAUGUCA